GGCGCCCCGGGCCGGCCCGGUGACUGACGGCACCGUCGCGCCCGCUUCGCCUCCGCCACCGCCCGGGUGUGGAGCCCGGCCUCUGCUCGGGCCGCGCGUCUGUCGCCGCCCCGCUUGCGCCAUGGACCUGUUCGGGGAUCUGCCGGAGCCCGAGCGCUCACCGCACGCAGCUGCCGGGAAAGAUGCUCCGAAGGGAUCAUUGCUCUUCGAUGGCCUCCCCCCGGCCAGCAGUACUGACUCAGGAUCUGCGGGACCCUUGCUCUUCGACGAUCUCCCUCCUGCUGGCAGUGGCAAGUCAGGUUCUCUCACUGCAUCAGUUUCCCAGCUGGCAAAGAAUGAAGGGACAGGAGCAAAGCGGAAAGCCUCCGAGGGAGAGGACGGCAGCGGAGAGCUUGUGGAAAAGAAAGUUUGUAAAGGCUCUUCGGUGAUCUUUGAUCUGAAAGGCUAUGUGGCUGAGCGGAAGGGUGAGAGGGAGGAGAUGCAGGACGCCCACGUCAUCCUGAAUGACAUCACUGAGGAGUGCAACCCUCCUUCCUCCCUCAUUACUCGGGUCUCGUAUUUUGCUGUUUUUGAUGGACAUGGAGGAAUUCGAGCCUCAAAAUUUGCUGCACAGAAUUUACAUCAGAAUUUGAUCAGGAAGUUCCCUAAAGGAGAUGUGGUCAGUGUAGAGAAAACGGUGAAGAGAUGCCUUUUGGAUACUUUCAAGCAUACUGAUGAAGAGUUCCUUAAACAGGCUUCGAGCCAGAAGCCUGCCUGGAAGGAUGGAUCCACUGCCACCUGUGUCCUGGCUGUGGACAACACCCUGUACAUCGCCAACCUCGGAGACAGUCGGGCAAUCCUAUGUCGUUACAACGAGGAGAGUCAGAAACAUGCAGCCUUAAGCCUCAGCAAAGAGCAUAAUCCAACCCAGUAUGAAGAACGAAUGAGAAUACAGAAGGCUGGAGGAAAUGUCAGGGAUGGGCGUGUCUUGGGCGUGCUGGAGGUGUCCCGCUCCAUUGGGGAUGGGCAGUACAAGCGCUGUGGGGUUACAUCUGUGCCUGAUAUCAGACGCUGCCAGCUGACUCCCAAUGACAGGUUCAUUUUGCUGGCCUGUGAUGGGCUCUUCAAGGUCUUUACCCCAGAAGAAGCCGUGAACUUCAUCUUGUCCUGCCUGGAGGAUGAGAAGAUUCAGACCCGGGAAGGGAAACCCGCUGUAGAUGCCCGCUACGAGGCUGCGUGCAACAGGCUGGCCAACAAGGCAGUGCAGCGGGGCUCUGCAGACAACGUGACCGUCAUGGUGGUGCAGAUAGGGCACUGAGGGCUGGGCGGGCUGUCCUGCAGGUGCCACUACGUGCGUGUGCUGCGUGUCUGCGCACUCCUGUGGGACUCCCAUGGCUGUAAAUAAAGGUUUCUUUCUUUUUUC